AUGAGUUGUCCACGUAGGUUUUCAAGACCCGAUCACCCAAUGUUAAGCAAGAAAGAACAGCAGAUCCAGAUCCGCUUCAAGCCUUUUCAAUUCAGGUUCUUUUUGAACUAUAAGACGAUGUCAAGAAGACCUACAGCUGGUCGCCGCCUUGCAGACAGUGGGAGCCUUCCUUUUGUGGGUUCAUUGCACUCGAAAUCCCAUCCAUCUCCACUAUUGUCUAUAGGCCUUUUUGUUGUGGGAGCUCUGCUGAUUGUUGGUUAUGUGUAUCAUGGCUCAGGUGGCAGGAGUGGCGACAUUGGCGCUUUAAAUAGACUUGAUGGUGGUGUUUCAUGUACUCAAGAAGUUCAGAGAGUAGUACCUAUUCUAAAGAAAGCAUAUGGCGACAGUAUGCGUAAAGUGUUGCAUGUGGGGCCCGAUACCUGCUCAGUAGUCUCUCAGCUACUAAAAGAAGAGGAUACAGAAGCUUGGGGUGUAGAGCCAUAUGAGCUGGACGAACCCGAUAGAAACUGCAAGAGCCUAGUGCACAAAGGCGUCGUGCGUGUGGCUGAUAUCAAGUUUCCUCUUCCGUACAGGCCUAAAUCUUUCUCACUCGUCAUAGUCUCAGAUGCAUUAGAUUACUUGUCGCCCAAGUAUCUCAACAAGACUGUUCCGGAGCUUGCGAGGGUGUCUGCUGACGGCUUGGUUAUAUUUUCCGGUUACCCUGGUAAGCAGAGAGCUAAAGUGGCUGAGCUAUCUAAGUUUGGACGCCCAGCUAAAUUGCGAAGCUCAUCUUGGUGGAUAAGAUUUUUCUUCCAGACCAGCUUAGAAGAAAAUGAAUCUGCUGUCAAGAAAUUUGAGCAGGCAGCAGCCAAGAAGUCCUACAAGUCAGCCUGCCAAGUUUUCUACCUCAAACCAUUGCAUUGA